AUGGUUGAUCGUCAUCGGAUUCCAUAUCAGACUCCACCAUCAAGCCCUUACAGGUAUCCUCCAUCCAAGAGUCCUGAUGUAUCUCCGCCGAAGGGUGGUCUACCUAGGUCUUCCCAGCCAGAUCCUCGGCCUCAGAAGACUUCGUCAGCGUCUGGUCCCCGAGCUUCAUCUACCCAGAGAGGGGAUCCCCCGAGGGGUUCUCGGUAUGCUUUUUACCGUCCUUAUUCUCCUCAACGUGCUGACCGGAUGAAUACGCCAUCUCCUUCUCCUCAAUGUGCUGACCCGAUGAAUGCGCCACCUCCUACUCCUCAACGUGCUGAACCGCUAGAUGUGCAGCCUCUUCGUUCUGUUGCCCCUGCUACGAAUUCUUCUCAGAAGUCUACGGUCCCACCAUCUACUGCUCCGGUGAAGGGGAAGUCUGCCAAAGGUGUUGUGUCGAAGGCUGACCCCUCGAGAAAUCCGCCAACUAAGAGGAAAGCUUCGGAUAUGAGUCCCCCGAAGAGGCCAUCGUCGGAUAAAGACGAUGAAUCUGAUGUUGCCCCAGUUAUACGAAGCGUCUCAGUUGGUAAGAAGAAAGUUACUUUUAAACACAUAGAUCUCGAGGCGUUCAAGUUAAAACACGAGCUCGAAGCUUUCGACGUUAAGUUUUACGCUCCUGAUGACGAUCUUACUUAUGACUUGAUUAAGAAUUAUAAGUACGAUGACUUUCAUCUCCUGACAACCGUGGGGGCCUUUGAGGCUGGCCUUAUGCUUCCCUUGUAUAAAUCAUGA